AUGUAUAAUGGAAAUGAAUUACAAACGCGUCAACGAGAUAUUAGUCAUUUCAAUCAGGAUGGAAAUCAUCUGUGUCCUAAUGGUAUACAGGUCAGUUCAUCAUUUUCUAAAAGCCCAAAUAGACAUACCGUGACACAGAUCAAAGAUGCUGUUCACGAUGGUUUACGUGCAGUGAAGAACGCCAUCGAUGAUGGUGCAGUUGUACCUGGAGCCGGUGCAUUUGAAAUUGCGGUUUACUCUACUCUUAUGGAAUAUAAGAACACAAUUAAAGGUCGCGCCAGACUUGGUGUACAGGCAUUUGCCGACGCCUUCCUCAUAGUUCCGAAAAUACUCGCUCAAAAUUCUGGUCACGAUCCGCAAGAAGUUAUUGUUAAACUGCAGGAAGAAUACUCAGAUAUUGGUAAACCUGUUGGCGUGGACUUGAGUUCUGGCGAGGCCUUCAUUCCAGCAGAUCUUGGUAUAUGGGAUAAUUAUAACGUCAAACGACAGCUGUUGCAUUCUUGCACUGUGAUUGCAACUAACCUACUUUUGGUUGAUGAGAUCAUGAAAGCUGGGAUGUCGUCUUUGAAGGGUUAGAAGGAGAUCGUAGUGGACUUUUAGGACAAUGGAAAGAUAAGAACUUCUUUGUUUUCUCAAUAAAUCCGAUUUUGAUGAACCUGAUAA